GCUGAAGACAACAUGUUGACGGGUUCGAACAGUGACCGCCGUGUCAGACAGCAGCUCCUCGCUCGUUACCCAUAAUUCAAUCAGAGGCAGAGAGGAGGCUCAGCGAGGAGCACAUUCCUCCAACACACACACACACACACACACACACACACACACACGCACACACUGUUAGACUAAGUGUGUGUGUGUGUGUGUGUGUGCAGGUACGUGCCUCUGUGUGUUAUCUCAUCCUCCAUCUCUCGCAGGUUGUGAAACAGAUAAAUUCUUUUCUCCUCGCUGCGCUCUGAUUGGCUGCUGCUGCGAUUACAUCAGGAGAACAUCAGUCAUCGUAAAACUACAGAAACCGACAGAAACGGAAAAAAAAGAUUCAUUUACCUCUGUGCUGACUUUGUUUUAUCAACCAGAAGACGUCUUAGAAAUGAGGAGCUGUUGAAGGUUUUUGAAUAAUUUUAUAACAGAGUUUACAGUCAAAGGUUCAGCUCAGUGUUCGUGAUUCAAUAAGUCAUAAUACAUCAAACCGGUGAAGGUCUUCCCUCUCACACCUUCUCUCUCUGGAAAAAGACGACCAAGAAUUCAAAUAUGUGACCCGGCGAGUUUGAACAUUCAGAGAAUGAUCCAAAGGGGACCCGGGACAGAGCCCUGGGGGACACCACAAGAGAAAACCAGAGUCUGAGACCUCGUGGCAGGAUGGGGAUAAAAACCAGUCCGUGUUCUGACCUGGGGUCCGUUUCACGUAGGUGGUUCAACAAACUCUGAGUUAAAUCCUUAACUCUGAGUUGAUCUACUCUGAGUUCGGAAACUCUGAGUUUCCGGUUUCACAACACCUGAUUUGAGACGGUUUUAACAACUCCGAGUAGUUUGACCUGGAGUUAAGCACGUGCACGCCAGACAUAAACAGCCAGCAUCUGUGGAGCGCAGAUUCAAUGAUCAACCAAUGGAAACAGGGAGAAGGAGGGGGCAGCAGCAAGCCAACAGCGAAUGACAGCACGUUUUUAAAAGAAAGUGCAAUACAGCAGCAGCUGCAAAGGAGAGGGAGAGGGCUUGGGAGGAAAUCGCUGCUCGCGUCAAUGCGUAACUUUAAAUCUAGUCUCGUGCAAACACAAUGACAGACUGUUGCAGGGAAACUGCUUGAAUCAUUUUGAUCAUGUUUUACAUUGUCAAGUAAGUAUUAAGUGGCAGUUUGAUCCCUUAGAAAAUGCUCUUUUCACACUCAAAAAUGAAUUUUACUCUCUUAUGAUGUUCCGUUAAAUGAUUAGGAAUAUUAAACUAACUCUCAGUAUGUAUAUGUACAUAUAUUAAACUAACACACACUACACUCAAUAUUAGACUUUCACUCAGCAAACAGAAAGAGGGCAGAUGCCAGAAAAACGGGUGGUGGCCCAGCAGCCCCACCUUUAACGGAGGCAGAGGAGCUGCCCCCCCCUUAGACGAUCGCAACCCCCACCCCGUAGCAGCGAUCGUCGGACUGGUGUGUGUGCGUGUGUGUGUGUGUGUCUGUGUGUGUGUGUGUGUGUGUGUGUGUGUGUGUGGGGGGGGGGGGGAUUUGCGAUCGGACCGGCCGCGAUCGUCGAACGGGGUGGGGUGGGGGGCAGCUCCUCUGCCUCCGUUAAAGGUGGGGCUGCUGGACCACCACCCGUUUUUGUGUUAGUUUAAUAUUCCUAAUCAUUUAACGGAACAUAAUAAGAGAGUAAAAUUCAGUUUUGAGUGUGAAAAGAGCAUUUUUUAAGGGAUCAAACUGUCACUUAAUACUUAGUUGACAAUGUAAAACAUGAUCGAAAUGAGAAAAUGCCGAUGUCUCACCUGAAACUCUGGGUUUACUGAGUUAAACCUGCUCCCGAGCAGGUUAGGUUCACGGAGUCUGUUACUGUGGUAACUGACCGCGAGGUUGAGUUACCUCUCUUUGUGAAACAGGUUAGAGUUACCCCUCUCUCCCUGGUUUAACUAACCCUCCUUUGUGAAACGGAAAACUCAGAGUUUCCCUGAUUUCAGGGUUAACAAACUCGGAGUUUCCACUAAACCUGCUACGUGAAACGGACCCCUGGUCUACUGCUGCUCCUGUUGUUGUUGUUGUUGUUGUGUAGAAGACUCUGAGGCGGUGAUGCUUCAGGAGUUUCAGUCGGUUUUCAUUUGUGGGUCAGAAACCUCUCAGAUGUAGACGGACUGAUCAGGUAAAUUCAGGUUCGUCUUUUCGUGUCUUUCUGGGACUUGUCUAGAUUAGAAUGGAGGAUCAUGGGUAUGUUUUUGACGUCAGGGUUGGAUUGUCAGUAAACUUUGUCUGUAAGAGGGUCAGAAACAGACAAACACAAACUCUUUCUUCAUCCUGCCUCUGACUAACAUCACCGCUGGUUUGUCUAACCCUGAAUAAAGGCCGAAACCUGGACACCCAGGACUCAGUUCCAGGCAGAGAGUCCCCUCUGUGACGCAGGACCCCAGAGUGUGAAGACCAGUCCUGUUUGUUAGUCCAGGUUCAGGUCUGUGUCUGAAAACAAGGAGAGUCGAUAAUUCAUGUUUUCAUUCACAGACUGAGAGAGGAAACGGUGAACUGUCCCUUUAAAUCCUGAGCGAGAGAUGACAGGUUAACAUUCACACACACACACACACACACACACACACACACACACUCUUCAUGUGCAGUGUGCCGAACAGCAGCUGAUCCAAGAAAUGAUCUCACAGAUCAGACCUGUUCCUCUGCAAACAGUGUGUGUGUGUGUGUGUGUGUGUGUCUGCUGUAACAGAACAGACUGUUUUAGGUGGAUGUUUCUGACGGUUGAACUUUGACACAUCACAUGGGCUUUUUUUCCUUAAAGGGAUAUUCCGUCUAAAAAUUAAUUUAGGGUCAAACCCACCGUUACAUCGAGUUAGACCCCCCCUCCAGAGAUGAAUGUUGUCGACCGCUUCCUUCUCUAGUUAUACCAACUUAAGAAAACAUAAACUUAAGUGGGGGCGUUUCACCACUUUUGUAGUCUGUAAGCUGGGCCAAUAAACUUCCACUGUAGUAAAAUGAAAAGGUAAAGGUGUUUUUAUUGAGCCGAAUUAUCAAUAAAAUCAUGAUUUUGUGAACAGGUAUGAAUUUAUGUGCUGUUGAGUUAAUAUAUUUGAACAAGAGCACAGUAAAGUUGAAUCAGCUAAUUUUCAAAUGAGGUUCUGUUACUGAACGGAACUACACCAUGAUCUACUGAGGUUAGUACAUAUAGGGUCACAUACAUAGUACUAGACACCAAACAUCUUUUUAACUUUGACUCAUUUCUUUAGCAAAGAGACUAAACACAACUCACCUACUCUCUUCCAGCAGACGCUUGUUUGUAGAGAGACCUCAGGCCAGUCCAUUACAGACUACAGCGGGGUGCCGCAGCUCAAGGAAGAACAUUUAUGAUCAUUUCUUUAUCAUUUCCGUGAAGUAAUAAUCACCAUAUUGAUCAUUUUGCAGACGCGGUAGUUCUUCUGUCUUAGCGUCUCGGUCUGAUUGUAUUUCCAUGAAAAAAUGAUGGAAUGAUGAUGUUUGGUGUCUAGUACUGUCUGUGACCCUAUAUGUCCUGUUGAUGAAGUUAGGGUGUAAAGUCAAAUUUUGUAUUUAUUAUUUUUCUAAUGGUCAGGGCUGAAGUUUUUCAUGAGAUCUGAGUCGAAAAAUGUAAAAUAAAAUGUUUAAAAAAUGAUUAUUUUAUGAUCAUUUAUCUGCAUGUCUGUUUUGUCUGUUUUGGCUGGAUGGAGCUUCAAACGAACAGACUGAUGUUUCUGAUGGAGAGAGCGGUUUUAGAGAAGAAGAGGAAGAAGAGGGGAAUAAGGAUGUGGGAGGACUGAUGCCUCAGGAAGCGAGGGAACAGGGGAGGAAAGGAGGGAAAGUGGGAGGAGAGGAAGGAGGAGACCAUGGGGAGAGGAGAGAGGAGGGAGGAGGCCACAGAGGAGGACAUGAGGAGAGUUUUUUAUGGUGGUGAAAAUGAGAUUAAGAUCAUCUGUAAAUAUUCGGAUCACUCCAACACACCUUCAGAGAGAGUUCCAUCAUGAGGAGGUGAGGAAGAGGAGGACGGCUGAGGAAGUAUUGGUGUGUGUCCAGAUGUGUGCUGAACCCCUGAGGCUCCGUCUAAUGGACGACACACAAAUCUCAAUAACCAGCCAAUCAGAGCGCAGCAGCUGCAGAGAGCCGAGCAGGCCGCAGCUGUGUUGACUUUGUGACAUCACAGCAGGGAGCCGGCCAAUAGGAACGCGGCCAGAAAAACAGAGAAGAAGAGAAACAAGACAAGUUCAGGCUGAAGUCAUCGUCAGUUCCUCCUUGAACCUGGAACCAGGAGUGGAUCUCAAGACUGAACCGAGACCAGGAGACGGCAGACCACGCCCCCUCUGAGCUACUCAUCAAUCACUCUGUGAGAGACCGCGUGAGUUCAGUUCAACAGACCCUGAGUGGAUUUCAUCAUCUACAGUAGAUCAUAUCAUUUAGAGGAUCUGGAGAAGUCUCUGUACCUAAGAGACAAGAACCCAAACCCGGACUGGAUGGUCCUGAUCUUCAGGGCAUUAAAAACAGACAGGACUCUGGAGUGGGAAAAGACAACUGGACUUAGAGGCGAAACGUCUCAAGUAAGUCCAGUUGUCCUUUCAACAAAGAACUGGAAAUCCUAGAUUCUGCAUCCUCAGUUUCUUUUAUUGAUACAUCCAGAUUUUCAAAAUACUUGUAAAGAAUAAAAUAAAGGAAAAGAACCAGAAAAGGAAAGUCACAGAUGGAGAAAUAAACAGACAAAUAUAAACUGUUACACAGGAUCAUAGUAAGAAUCACAUUUACAGUUUAUCAGUUUCCGGUUCUUCAUCCUCAGUUUUAAGGAGUAGGAGAAGAGUCCUGCUGAGAAACUGGACUGAUGUGGUCCUGACUUGUCCCCCAUUGAAAACAUCUAGAACAUCAUGACCCCAAAAACAGGACCAAGGAGACCCUGAACUGUUGAGCAGCUGAAAUCCUCUAUCAGGCCAGGAUAGGACAACAUUUGACUGUCAGACUCCAGAACCGGGUCUGCUGGGUUCACUAAGGUCUACAGAACCUGGUUGGUUCUCUCCUGGUUGUGAAGUUUCUCGCUGGCUUCCACCCAGCAGGUUGUUUUGUUCAUUAGCGGUUCUCUGGACCAGAUCCACGUCUGUGCUGCUUCAUAAUUGUGUAAUUCUGGGUGUGGGAACAGAGCUUUAAUCUGUUAUCUGUGUCAGAUCGUUGCGUCAGACUUGACUCUGUGUUUCUUGCUGAAUCAGAUCUGGUUUGUUGAAACCUGUAGGACAGGUGAGCUGUUAGUCUGCGGGGCCCCCUUUUCUCCUUCUAUCAGACUUCCUGAUGAACUUUGUUGGUCGUCUGAAGCCUUAAAAUCAUCCUGAUGAGUUUUUUUAUUUCAUCCUCAGCUGAGUGUUUUUCUUCUUCUUCUUCUCUCCUCUCUGAUCCUGUAGAGUCUCAUUCCUCUGCAGCUGCGGUUCGACUCGUUCUCACACCUCGGCGCUCCUCCCUGACCAGUUUCUUGAAAUACCUCUCAGUAAUGACCUCAUAUCUGCAAACACAGCCGUGAUACCUGGUCUACCUGAGUGAUGUUUUAGGAGCGCUGACGCCGGCCCGUCAGUUUCUCAGGAGUUCAAACGUUAAUCUCAGCCGUUCUCACAGUUUGACGUCCAAAAACACAAAUUUUAACGUACUUCUACUUUUGAAUUUGAUCACACGUCUUUUUUCUUCACAUAUCAGAUGAAAAAUUGUCUCAACUUUCCACUUUUUUACCUGAUAGAUGAAGUUUGUCACCGCUUUCCUUAAAACUCUGCAGUAGAAAUACUCACUACAGUGACUGUUGUGCCCACGGUGAUGUUAUCUCAGGAGUUUUUAUGUAAAUGUAAAUAUGUAAAUGUUCUUUAUUUAUACAACCCUUCCGGUGACUCAAAGAGCUUUACAAUAGAAAAUAAAAAAGAAUAAAUAAAAACAAUAAAAUAAAUAAAAAAAGAUUAAAAUUACAAUGCAGUAAAAUAAAGUGUCUCCACACUACUGGGUAUUAAAAACCAGCAGAAAUAAAUACGUUUUCAGUCGAGAUUUCAAAAGGUCCAGGUCUGAAAUCUGUCUCAUUUCAGAGUUUAUUCCAGAGUUAAAAGUUCAGAUAAAAGAGCUUUAAAAACAAACAUUAAGAGUUUAAAAUCAAUCCUAAAAGAGCCGAUGAAGGCAGUGAAGGACUUUAUGAUGAUUUAUUAACUCAAACUUGGAGAAAAGAUUAACCAAAUCAGCCCCCUCCAGUGGCCGUCAGAGGAAGUGCAGCAAAACAAACUGUCUCUCAUGAUUUUGUCUUCAUGUGUGUUUCAGUGUGUCAGGGGAUGAGUAACCAGCUCACCUUGUUGGGGACUCGAGAGAAUCACUAUGAAAACAUGGUGAGGAUGUACUCCAACUGCUCCGUGGUCCUGGAAAACCUGGAGAUCACCUACACUCUGGAGCACCAGGACCUGUCCUUCCUCCAGGUCUGUCUCUGAGUUUUUGUGUUUUUAUUGGUGCAGCUGUGAGGCUCUCUCCCGCCUGUGCAGCUGAACUCUGUUUGUGUUGCAUUGAAGGACACUCUGACAUCUGUAAACUGACGGUCGUCUGCCAAACAGUUUUUCAGUGAGCAGCUUUAUAACCUUGAAAGAGAAAAAACACAGGAUGAAUGAGCCGUGUGUCCACACCACAACAGUCAAACUGUGAGGGUCCUUAACCCUAACCCGUCCUCUCUGACUUUAGUCGAUCCAGGAAGUCGGGGGUUACGUCCUGAUCGCCAUGAACGAAGCAGCAACCAUCCCAUUGCUCAACCUGAGGCUGAUCCGAGGACAGAACCUCUACGAGGGUCAGUUCGCUCUGCUGGUGAUGUCCAACUACAACAAGAACGUCUCGUCUGCAACCCUGAACUACACCAGCGGACUGAGGCAGCUGCAGCUCAGCAGUCUGACGGGUACGCUCACAAAUACACAAACUCUGACGCACACUAACUCUAACAACAAAACAAAGAGUUUUUACAGAUUAUACACACAGUCAAAGGAAGAAGUCCAGGAAAUAGACAGAGCCUGAAGGUAGCGGAGGUCAAACCAGGCAGAGGACUCGUCUGGGAGUUUAGAGAGUCUCUAUAAACACUCCGGUCCUCUCUGUGGGACAGCAGAGCUUCUGGAUGUUUCAGAAACUCACUCAGGUCGUUUACAGUCUCAGUUUAAUCAGACUAACCUCAUAAUUCGUCUUUUUGUCUGAAUCAGACUUCUCUCCUCGUCCUCGUUUACAUGCAGCUGAAAAAAAUCGAUAUCGACGUGAACGUGUCCUCCUCCCCAACACUAGGGGGCGAUAUGGGUCUUUUCAGCGGCGCUGUUUCCGACCCCAUCCAACCGUCAACAACAACAGCAGGUCGGUGUCAGACGUCAGAAGUGUCUACAACUGCUGCUGGGCAUUUUGGAGAAACAAGAAGAUGGAGCAUCGUACAGCGUUGUUUUUGUCCGACAUGAUGGACGCGCUACUUUUUCUAAAGAGGAGACCAACGCUACUCCUCUACUCUGGGGGUUUUGAUACGGGGUUAAAGGGGGCGUGGCCGAUCAUACUCCGACUACGCUGGUCACAUGGUAGAGAAAAUCGAAUUCUAAUCUCAUUAUCUGGGUGUCUAAAUCGGAGUCCUUAAACUCUGAUUAUAGUCGGACUAAGGUGUUUACAUGACCUUCAGCUGUCCUGUCUUAAUCGGAAUAAGGCGAUAAUUCAGUUUUCACGAGUGUUGUAAACGAACUGACUGUGUUGGUUGUUGGAAAGCUGUCUGUCUCACAAAGCGAGUGGAUUUUACAGAGAGCUGGUUCAUUGUACGGCUCAGUUCUUCGAUCUGAUAGUCAGAUCCUGGUCCGUCCUCUCCGCCUGAGUACUUCUUUGGGGUUGGUGCUGAACGCCUUUUGUGAUGCAUGUUGUUAAAAGUGCUGAACUGAAGUGGAAAGCACUGAUAAGGGAACCGUUAACGAGUGAUGUUGAUGGUCUGAACUGGUUUGGGCAGAUUCUGAUCUGGAACCAGUUUGAAACAGGGACCUGUCAGAACCUUCUGGUCCAGAGAUUUCAGUGUGUGUGUGUUCUUGGGAUGAAGUUUAGACUGUGAUUGUGUGUGAGUGUGAACUCCUGGUUAACAGGAAGCUUAGCGGCGCCUCCUCACUGAUCACUUUCAUGACUCUGUUUACUCCCUGUUGUUUUCUGCCUCAUUUCCUUGAACACGUCUCUGAGGAGUGUCUGUGCUGUUGCUAAGUGAGCUGGCAGCGGGCCGUGUGGGUGGAGCGGGUGCAGCUUUUAGGAACCUUCAGUCAACACCAGAUUGCGCCCUGGCAGCAGGAAGUAGACCUCACCUGUGCGAGCGGAGGUCACUGACGUGGAUGAUCACCUGGAGUCUUAAGUGUUCUUACUGUCGGCGCUCUGAUCAGCCGUCUGUUGUUCUGUGACUGACGUGCAGGAACCUGAUCUGUCCUGUUGUUCGGUUUAUCUCAGGAGUUGAAGUCUUGACGGCUCUAAAGCCGAGAUAACUGAUCAGAUUUCUGCUGAGCGUGCUUCCAAACACACACACUGAUGAGUAAUACUGUAAAAACUCUUCACAUUGAAACUUAUCACAGCUGAUCCAUUUGAAAGGUAUCCAGAGGUACUUUUUCAUGGUUUAUAGGCUGGACAGGAAUCCAGCAGGUACAUCACUUUAGGUGGACUAGACCCUUUGGAUGGGCAGUGAGUCUGUGGAAGUGUCCAAGAAUCUAUAGGUUUAAAUAAUAGAUUGUGUCCGGUCUUUGGGUAGUUAUCGGUGGACUGAGAUUGCGGAUACAGGUGGUCGGUUGAGGUGUCUGGGAUCAACCUUGGAGACAGGGUCAGGAGCUCAGAUAUCUUGGUGCAGAGCAGAUUCUCCUUCAUGUAGGGCUGGGCAAUAUGGGAAAAAGUUUAUCAUUAUAUAUUUUUGAUCAUAUCAGCUGAUAUGGAUCAAUAUCAGGAUAUAAAAAUCUAACAGUGUUUAUUGGUCUCAUGUCUUUUCCAACACAAUAAUCUCCUGCAUCUGUGAGGUCUUUGUGUCUCUUUGGCGUUUUGUCGUAAGGCGUCGCUCUAGAGAAAGCCGACUGAAUGGUCGUCUGUUUCGGCUGCACAGGCUGAAAACUCCCAAUGACCUGACCUACGAUGCUUUCCUGGAGCUGUAUCAGGCCUAAACUCUAAAACUCCUUCUUUUACUCAGAGAUCCUCAGAGGCGGGGUAAAGAUGACCCACAAUCCCUUGCUGUGCAACACUGAGACCAUCCAGUGGUGGGACAUCCUGGACAAAGCCAGCAAACCCAGCAUGCUUUUUAAGACGGAUGACUUCACCCGUAAAUGUAAGUGGGCUCAGGUCUGAGAGGCGGAGACCUUCGUGGUUCUCCUGGAUCUAACUCAGUGUGUUUGUUUGUUCCAGGUGAGCGGUGUGACCCGGGGUGUGUGAACGGCUCGUGUUGGGCUGCAGGACCGGAUCACUGUCAGAAAUGUAACUCACACCUUUACUCAGACACACCUGUACUCUGCCUGUUCCUGGUCCUCAGAGACCAGGAUGAUGAUGCGGCGGCGGCGGGGGCGGCCAUGUUUUCACUGAUAUAUCUGUGUCUUCUUCAGUCACGAAGCUGCAGUGUGCUGAGCAGUGCAACAGGAGGUGCCGCGGUCCCAAACCCAUCGACUGCUGUAACGUGCAUUGUGCUGCCGGCUGUACCGGACCCAGGGCCACAGACUGCCUGGUCGGUUCCUGAGCUAGUCCACUACUCCGAGUCCUCUGUUGUGGUCUCAGCUGAACUCGGUGGAUUUUAAAGUCUGUGUUUCUUCUUUAUUCAUCAGGCCUGCAGGGAUUUCAACGAUGACGGGACCUGUAAAGAUGCUUGUCCUCCUCUGACCCUCUAUAACCCUAAAACCCACCAGGUGGUCAACAACCCCAACGCCAAGUUCACCUUUGGGGCGACCUGCGUCAAAGCCUGCCCACGUACGGACAUAAAACCUUCUUUAUGAACAAGUUAAACCCCGUAGACCGUCUAAAACCUGGUCCACCUAACAUGGCAAAGAGAGGGAAAAUUCAUCCAGUCUUUGUUCAAACACAGAUAACUACGUGGUGACGGGGGGAUCGUGUGUUCGGACCUGCACCCCCGGGACGUACGAGGUGGAGGAGAAUGGAGUCCAGCGCUGCAGACCCUGUGAUGGACCAUGUCCGAAAGGUAGAGACUAUGAGAGAGAAGAGCAGAGACAGGUAUUAACUCCUAGAGACCAACAUGACCAAGUCUUCCUCCUCCUCCUCCUCAGCUUGUGAUGGCGUCGGGGUCGGCUCUCUGAUCAACACCAUGGCGGUCAACGCCUCAAACAUCGAGUCUUUCAGGAACUGCACCAAGAUCAACGGGGACGUCUCCCUCAUCGAGACCUCCUUCACCGGGUGAGUGACAGACCUGUCGAUCAGGAAAGUGUUUUUUCAUCUCAGAGGAAACCGUCUCUGUCACGUAUGUCACCAACAUGCUCGUCUAAAGGUGUAUUCCAUGAUGUCUCUCUCAGGGACGCACACUAUAAGAUCCCCCCCAUGGACCCGGCCAAACUGGAGUACUUCAGGACCGUGAAGGAAAUCACAGGUGGGUCAACGGUCACUAAAAUACAAUACAGUCAUGACGCCAUCUAACGUGUGGCGUCUGUUGUCAUAGUGACUGAUGAUGGCGUGACAGUAAGAUUGUGUGUCCUCCAGGUUUCCUGCUGAUCCAGUCCUGGCCGGAGAACAUGACGUCCCUCUCUGUGUUUGAGAAUCUGGAGAUCAUCAGAGGGAGGACGACCCGAGCGUAAGUCAGCUGAUCCAUUAUCUCAGAAAUGUGGAGUUCUGCUGCGGCUGUGAAGCUCUUGAUAGGUCCAUCUUAACAUUUGACACACAGGUAUAUUUGUUUCACCUGUGCUGAUGUAAGAUCAGGGGAUUAAAUUUGCUGUUUCACUGGAUUUCUGUCCAAGUUUACAAGCAUCAGGUGAGAAUCAUUGUCAGAAGCAUCUCUGCAACCGCUACCGUAGGCGGGACACGCCCCCUUUCAGCUCGUCUGAAGUAACUGAAGUAGUUGCUAACAGAGAAAAUGGAUCCCAAACUGCAUGCUCUAGUUAUGAUAGUCUGACCAAGAGAGGUUUGGUCCAGUCCAGUCUCAGUUUGUGUUUGUGUCGUUCAUGAACGAUUCUUUCAAAAGAACUGAACUGCUGAGUGAACGACGUGAAGGGAAUCACUCAGAGACCUGAUUCGUUCCUUUCGCCAUUCAGUUAAGCUCAGCCGCGAGCCUGACGUGCUGGUCGCGAGUGGAACUGCCGCCUUUGACUCUUUGGCGAACGACACACAGCCAGCCAGUGAGCGGGGAGGGGCUAAUGAAGGAACUCGCUGCUGUGUCACUCACUGGUGUACUGCAGUGGCAGGACGGGGCUCCGAAACACUGACUGAUUCAGUGAACGAAUCUUUUGAACAAAUCCUUUUAAUGAACGGAUUCUAAAGAUUCAGUCAAAAGAACUGAUCUUCCAUCACUAGUCUCAGUCAGAUUCAGGUUUUUGGGUAUUUUCAGGGUCCAGUUUCAGUCGGACUGGGUCAGUAAAUCACAUGUCCCCUUUUCCCUGCAGUCAGCACAGUCUGGCGGUGGUGAGAGCGCGUCACCUCCGCUGGCUGGGCCUGCGCUCUCUGAAGGAGGUGAGCGCCGGCCGGGUGAUGUUGAGAGAAAACACCGAGCUCUGCUACACCCACCCCGACAAGUGGACCCGGCUCUUCAGGUCCAAGGACCAGACCCUCAGCAUGCGCAACAACGGCCCCGCUGACCUGUGCGGUGAGUUUCUGUACGUGGAUCAGGAUCUUUGAUCCAGACGAGAGCAGAAUCUAUGGUGUGAUGAUAACUCCUGGUAUCUGACCGACAGAACAACAGAACCGGACCUGUGACACUGAGUGCACAGACGAGGGCUGCUGGGGUCCAGGUCCAACCAUGUGUGUCUCCUGCCGGCAUUUUAACCGCAGGGGGCGCUGUGUCGCAGUCUGCAACCUGCUGCAGAGGUGAGGCAGAGAUCUGAGGAUUUCAAAGAUGCUGAGUCAUCAGAAAAUGGAUCAGGACAUUUCACGAGACGACGACCGCUGACGUCUCUCUCUGUUGUUCUGCAGCGAGCCCAGAGAGGUGGAGGUGGACGGCAGCUGUGUGGAGUGUCACCCCGAGUGUCUGCCGCAGACCGGGACCCCGACCUGCAGAGGGCCGGUCAGUCUGGAUCCGAUUUUAUGCUCAGAAUCUUCGUGUGUACUUAAGUUAAUACCCCCUCCCCCGUUUCUUCUCCUGCAGGGUCCAGACCUGUGUUCCCAGUGUGCCCACUUUCAAGAUGGUCCUCACUGCGUCCUGCGCUGUCCUCACGGCGUGCUGGGGGAUGAAGACACGCUGAUCUGGAAAUACCCCGACGGGUCAGGACAGUGUCAGUCCUGCCAUCAGAACUGCACUCAGGGGUGAGACGCCUGAUGCUGAUUGGUUGAUUGGAGCUGAGCGUGGUCUCGGAUCGAAGUGACUCAGACUCUGUUUUGUGUCUGCAGGUGUUCGGGUCCUGGACUGUCUGGAUGUAACGGGUAAAAGUCAAACUUUAAUGCUGAAAACCAUCAGAGUUUGAGCGAUGAAAUCCUCGAUUUUGUAAAACUUUAUUUUUAAUAUUUAAUAAAGUUUUUAGUUCAGAGAGGUUUUUGGUUAAAAUCAUUUGAUCUCACAAACAUAAAACUUUAAAUCAGUCUCAGGUGAAGGAGUGAAGGCCUCUGAAAGGUCUAGACCAGCAGGUACACCUCACCUUUUACAGGUAACACUGACUGAUGUCUGAGUGGUUUUCCUGCCGCUGUUAUCUUUGACUUUGACAAGGUUUCUUUUUCUAAAUCUGUAGACGAUGGAUUAGAUGGAUUAGAUAGAUAGAUAGACAGACAGACAGACAGUUAUUUAGUUCCCUGAAAGGGAAAUUCGGUCGUCACUCAGGAGUACAGAUGUAAGACAGACAAUCAUUAUAUAUAAAAACACUCUAAGAGCCCAUGACUAAACCCCCCCACACAUUCAGUCAACAAUGAUCAUUAUAAUUAAGAAUAGCAGCAGGAAUCAAGGAUCUCCUAAAGCGCUCCGUCCUGUACCAUAAGGAGAGGAGACGCUCCGAUCUGCUGCUCCUCUGAGUGGACAGAGUCUCGUGAAGACGGUGUCUGGUGUUACUGAGGAUUGUGUUCACUUUCCUCCUCAUACACCUCUCAACAGUGUCCAGUAACCCCCCCGAUCACUGACCCCGCCUUCCUAACAAGCUUAUCCAGCCCGUUACAGUUCCUACAGGAGAUAUUUCUGCCCCAGCAGACAGCAGCAUCGAAAAGGACAGCCGCAACAACAGAUUGAUAAAACAUGGACAACGUUUGGUUGCACACCUGAAAGGACUUUAGCCUCCUCAAGAAAAAGAGCCUGGUCUGACCUUCUUUUAGAGGCUGUCAGUGUUGGUGUUCCAGUCCAGUUUGUUAUCCAGGUGGACACCUCGAUAUUUGUACGUGUGCACACACUCUACGUCCCGUCCAUGUAUGUUUACCGGCUGACUAGUGUUCCUUUUCUUGCCAAAGUUGAUGAUCAUUUCUUUGGUCUUUUUCGUGUUCAGGAUUACUGAGUUCUUGGUGCUCCAGUCACAGAAGUCCGUGAUGAGUUCUCUGUAUUCCCCCUCCUGGUUGGUUUUUAACCACAUGGCUGUGUCAUCAGAGUCCUCCUGAAUGCGACACGUGUCAGAGUGGGAUUGGAAGUCAGACGUGUAGAUGGUGAACAGAAGGGGCAUGAGCACGGUACCUUGAGGAGCUCCUACACAGCUCACAACAGUGUCAAAGAUGGUGCCGCCCAGCCUCACAUACGAUAAAAUGACAGGAUGAUUUUCUUCACCAGAUAGACUCUUGGAUCCAUAGGUCUCUGAAAACCCUCCUAAACCAGGACCUUCUACACCUGUCUGUUGUGUUUUUGUUAUGACCAUAUAUGGACUCUCUAUACUUCUGUAAACGUCUGUAAGACUCUAUGAACCUGAACCCUCUCAGACCAGUCUUUGCUGAAACUGUAACCCGGAUCUGCGACCAGUAAAGCCUGUCAAUCUGAUCCUUUGUGGACCUGGACUAGACGUCCUUACCCAGGAUGAUCAGGAUCAUGUCUUUGCCCUCUUUCUCCUCACAGUGCAUCCAGCCACUCUACGUUGGCGGCAGGCGUGGUCGGAGGGCUUCUGAUCGCUGUGAUCGUGUCACUGGUCAUCUUUGUGUUGCUGCGGCGACGGCGGAUUCGGAGGAAGAGGACUCUGCGCCGCCUGCUGCAGGAGAGAGAGGUGAGGGGGCGGGGCGGUUCUGAAUGACAGUAUGAAGGUCAGACGAGGAGUUCAAUCGAUUUGAACUCAAGUAUCUCAAACGGGUUUCCUGUAGCUGGUAGAGCCGUUGACUCCGAGCGGUGAAGCUCCAAACCAGGCCCUGCUGAGGAUCCUUAAGGAGACGGAGUUCAAGAAAAUCCGAGUGCUGGGCUCAGGAGCUUUUGGGACGGUGUACAAAGUAAGGAACGAUGGUUUCACUGAAAUGAAGACGGGGAGCUGAGCUUUUCAGUCUUUUCUGAUCGAAUGUUUGAAACGUUUUCAGGGUCUGUGGAUUCCUGAGGGGGAGAACGUGAGGAUCCCUGUGGCCAUCAAAGUUCUCCGAGAGGCUACCUCACCCAAAGCCAACAAAGAAAUCCUGGACGUGGGUCUCUUCUUCUUCUUCUUCAUUUUUGACUCUGUAUUUUGGUUUAAGUUUCUGGUUCUGGUUCGUCUUGGAAAAGGAAAUAGCCUCAUGCAUGUUCUUCGGGGACCUCCCUCGGUGAUUGUGGACUCUGCGGUCUGUUUUGAAUCGUGUAUAAACUGUGUGUGUGCAGGAGGCGUAUGUGAUGGCGAGCGUGGAUCACCCCCAUGUGUGUCGUCUGUUGGGGAUCUGCCUGACCUCCUCAGUCCAGCUGGUGACUCAGCUGAUGCAGUACGGCUGCCUGCUGGACUAUGUGCGCCACCACAGGGAGCACGUUGGCGCCCAGUGGCUCCUAAACUGGUGUGUCCAGAUCGCAAAGGUGAGCCCAGAGAAGAUGCUUCAUUACACCCUCCUAAACCCCCCCUCUGCCUGAGGCAUCAGCUGGUAUUAAGCCCGCUGAAGCCCAUUAACCCGGACCCAGCCGGCGUUAGUGUUUACCUCGGGGUUCAGAUUUAAUCUUGUUUGGAUCUGAUUGGUGGGAAAAUCACAAACAACGAGGUCACAAGCUUAGAGUAAAUCUUUACGGUCCUUCGCCAGUUUACCUCGUCAGAGCUGCAGAAACCUCCUCCCAGAAAUGAACCCUGAAAGGUGGACGUGGUGGACAGAGAAGUGAGGCCUGUGGUCCCACUGAGGGUCAGGGAGACCACAUACCUGCUGGAGACUCGUCCCUCUCAUGGAGGUCUGUCAACAAGGAGAGAGACAGAGUGUCCCGCGAUGGAAACAGGAGAAUCAGGGAACGUUUGAGUGUUUAGAUUAAAAGACACUAGGCCUGAUUCUCAGAAGGAUUUUGAACUUGUGCAAAUGUGUUAAAGUCGUUUUCUACUUCAAAAAUAUGGUCAAGAUAAGAAAAGAAGAACUCUAUUUAUCCCUGAAGGGAAAUUCAAGAGCUGGAUGCUUCUCAAAGUGGAUUAAAACACAGUAUGUCCUGUACCAGCGCUGUUUGUUCAUUCAGGAGGUGUUUCUGCAUCUGUCUGCAGGGGAUGAACUAUCUGGAGGAGCGUCACCUGGUGCAUCGAGACCUGGCAGCGAGGAACGUCCUGGUGAAAACACCAAACCACGUCAAGAUCACCGACUUUGGCCUCGCCAAACUACUGACGGCGGACGAGAAGGAAUAUCACGCUGACGGAGGAAAGGUGAGAGUCCUUUUACGGAGAGAGAGUAAGCUGAGAGGGGAGCUGUCUCUGUUUUCUGUCUUUGGGCUGAGUGAAGCUCAACCUGAAGAUGUCGGUCCGUCUCUGCUUUCUGUAGGUUCCGAUCAAGUGGAUGGCACUGGAGUCCAUCCUGCAGUGGACCUACACCCAUCAGAGUGAUGUCUGGAGCUACGGUGAGUCCAACGAUGUUAACCGUCCUGUCAGAAGACAUGUGGGUGUAGAUGAUUCAAACUAAACCAGUCAUGGGGAAGCUUUCAUGAAGGACCGUGUGUGUUUGGGACUUCAGGAACAAAAUAAAACCUAAUGAUGGUGUCCUGCAGGUGUGACGGUGUGGGAGCUGAUGACCUUCGGCUCCAAACCGUACGAUGGCAUACCGGCCAGCGAGAUCGCCUCGGUGCUGGAGAGAGGAGAGCGUCUGCCUCAGCCUCCAGUCUGCACCAUCGACGUCUACAUGAUCAUGGUCAAAUGUGAGAGCCGAGCCCCACAGUGGUCCGAUGAAGAAACUACACCCAGAGAGGUUUUAGUGAACGGUUUCUCCUCUGUCUCCUGUCUGCAGGUUGGAUGAUCGAUCCGUCCAGUCGUCCUCGGUUCAGGGAGCUGAUAGCAGAGUUCUCAAAAAUGGCCAGAGAUCCUUCCAGAUACCUGGUCAUACAGGUACGUGAAAAACCAGAGAGCAUACCGUCACUGAAAACUCAUUAUAGUCUCUUAAAGUCCAGACUGUCACCUACAAUCUUAGAUGGCGUGUACAUUAGAGGUGGAUGUCUCCCCCUGCUGGACAUUAGAAAGAACUCAGGUUACAUGUUGACUUCAUCCUCACAUCAGAGCAGGUUAUGGUCUGUUUGAAACAACCCCUCAGCACGAGGUAAACAUGAUCCGGUUUUGGUAUUUGAAGGACUCGUAUCGGACCGCCAGGUGAGUUUUCUUCACUCAUUUGUGACCCGAUAAGGAAGUAAUCAGAUCUUACCUGAAUCCUGUCUCAGGGUGACCUCCCGAGUCCCUCAGACAGCAGGUUUUACUCUCGCCUGCUGAGCUCAGAUGACAUGGAGGAUGUGGUCGACGCUGAUGAAUACCUGCUGCCUUACAAAGGCCUGGACAACAAUGACAACCGCCGCUGCAACGCCACGGUACAAAGUUCCCACAUACAGAAACACACGAUUCCUUCUCCAGCUGGGAUCUAUAAAGGUUCAUCUUCAGGAAAAACGAAGACCUGAUGACCUUCUAUCCACUGAAUAUUUUCUCCUUUUUUCCAUCAGAACGGUCGUCCAGUCAGAGAGAACAGCAUCGCUCUGCGUUACAUCACUGAUCCAACCCAGAACCCGCUGGACAGGGAGGACUGCACCGGCCACGGUAAACUUCAGUGACUGAUGACUCAGAGGGAGGAACCUUAAAGAGGUAAAAGGGAAGGAAUCAAUAUUUUACAACAUUUCCUCCUUUCUCUCUUCAGAGUACAUGAACCAGAGUAUGAGUGAAACCAGCCGCAGCAGCAGGCUGUCCGACGUGUUGAAUCCCAACUAUGAGGACCUGAGCCAGGGCUGGGGGGCCACCUCGCUUCCAUCCUCACUGGGAGAUCCAAAGUCUUUCACCAGGGUUCCUGAGGGACCAGAAUAUCUGAAUACCGCCCAGAACUCGCUACCUUUGGCUGCAGGUGACAGCCUCGACAACCCGGACUACCAAGCCGGCUUCCUGCCACAGGCCGCACCCCCCGCUGUCAAUAACACGGCUUUAACGGCGAACGGUCUUUUCCUCCCUGCAGCAGAGAACCUGGAAUAUUUGGGUUUUGGAGCUGCACUGCACGCUCCUGUCCGCUAGAGGGCAGCAGCAUUCAGGAACCUUAAACUGAAGCCGUAAGGCCCUGCGGACACUUUGAUUUAGACUGACGACAGUAUUUAAUUUAUCUGUUUUUACUCUGAAGUGUCCCAGACUGCAUCUCAGCAGCACUCAGACUGAGGAAGAGGAGACGUCCCGACUUCAGGUGAUACAGGAAAACAAAGAUCUGGACAAAGGCAGCAUGAUGACACCUAACAGGCACUGAAGCACGUUCACAGGCACUGUCCUAAACCCACUUUGUCCUCUUUUUGCACCGGCCCUCGCAGACGUUUGCUGGUAAACUCCAAAAAAAAAAUGACAUCCAAGUUUUCUUUGAAGGGGCGGCUGAGGAGAAACGAGAGUCCAGUCUCCCUUUUUACCUGGAUGAAGAGAACCUACACAGACAUCUAACCUAAAAGGAUCUCUUCUUCUAAAAACCAUCGUCAAAAAUUAUAACUUUGUCAUCUUAAAGCUGCAGGUGGGAAGAAGAUCUGAAGGACAAAAUGAUUAACGCCUUCAUGCAUCAGGUAUCUGACACUGUGAUGCCCUCUGCUGGAGAAAUGGAAGUCCUGCAGGUGAAAAACAAGCAUUUACUGACAGUAAACACUCUAAUGUAGCAACAAGAAAACGAAAGGGUUCUCCACGGUCUGUUUAUGACCCGUGUUUGUUCUAACUCCUCCUAUGAAGACAUUUUAUAUCACAUGAUAUUAAUAAACUAUCACCACUGGUUUUCUCUUAGGUCCUCACUUCAGCCAAAGCCUGAGACCUGUUGACAGUUUUUUAGAUGACUUGGAGUCGUGAUGGGGAACAGUUCUUCUGAGUGUCUGUAAAAAUGAGCCAAACUACAUUUACUGUCUCUGCACACUGACUCUGAUCUGCUGUUCAUGUCUGAUGUCUGAUGUGGCUGUUUGUUGUUGUUGUUGUUUGUUGUUGAUGAUGGUGAAAUCCACUCCUCUGGUAUCAGGAUCAGCCAGUCUGCCCGGCUCACUCUGGUCCCGGUUUUCUGACACACGGUUUUGAGGACUAUUAAAUCCAGGUUACCAGAGCUCACUAUUCUUGAGAAAGACACAUAAAGAAAAUGAACAAACAGAAACACCUGAAAGUCAUAAAUCUGACACAGAAAAACACAGAAAUAAACUCUGAGGAAAAUCAGUCCCACUGUCAAUAAACCUGAAUUUUCAGCCCCGUUAGCACCGAGCUUCAAACGAAGACCACAGAGGAUUUGUGUUGAAUGUCAGAAUGUUUUAACACGUAGCAUUUUAGGGUUCAAUGUUGUGAAAUCAAUGUAAUGUUAGCUGUAAAUCAACUGUUUGAGGUAAGGCAAACACGGCCCCAUUAAACAUGUUCCUGGUGUAUUUGUCGACACUGCAUGAAUUUCUGCAUAAUGUGAUAAAUGAUGAAGUUUUCGAGCAGGACUUUGGUUUGUCUGAACAAACUUUAUGUCUGUGUUACUUUAAAACAAGUUUCUUUAUUGGUUUUAAGGAGGAAAAUGUUGAUAACACAAUUUUUUCAUUCAAACAAAAUGUUGCUUCACUUCUCACUUCAGCGUCUUUUCCAUUUCUCAAAGUGCAGAUAUCACAACAAACCAUGAACACACAAGUUACAUUAACGUUACAAGUGUGUUCACGGUUUGUCUUUAGGAUCUGGAGAAAAAACUGGUUUGAAGAUAAAAUCACAAAAAUCUAAUAAACCUGAAAGUGACCCUCAUCAUCAGACAUUAGAGAAAUAAUCUGUUCAAUAUACAACAAAAACAUUUUCUUAAUCAUUGUUCACAUGGACAGAACGCAAACACACAAAGAUUCAGACUCUCAGUAAAUUCAACAGUUAAAACUGAAGGAUUAUGGCAAAAACCACAGUCACAAUUGUUUUUAUUUGUAUUGACGUCACAAUUCUCACGCUUUAACUCAUUAAACUAAAAACCAGAUCAGUAUUAGUACUUGAAUUUUUAGUAAAGUUCUUAUUUUCAGACUUUGAUUAAAGGUUUUUUUAGUAGAUUUUUUUCCACAGGCUUCAGAUCUCGAUAAUCAUUCAGUGUCUUUAGAGCUGGUAUUCUGUAUUUAUUUCAGACUCUUCUCUUCUCUCUGAUUUCUCUUUAAAAGAUUUUAUUUAGAUUUUUUUCCCCCUCACUUAAAAAUCUUUGUGGCAGAGUAAAAACUGCUAUAGAUAACUUCCAUGAAAAACAAACUUUGCUGUAAAAAUUUCCACACAUUUUUUUUUUCCUAUUUAAAUGUUAUUUAUUAUUUUUUUGUAUAUUGUAAAACCCAACAUGGGGUGGGCUCUCCAGGGCAUAUGGAAGUGUAUGAUCCGGUAACGUCAUAGUCUGAAUCUGUAGGGGAGAGCGGGUUAAGAUGAUCCAUGUUUCAUAUUUGGGAUCAGUCCAUCAAGUCAGUCCUAGUUUUGUCUCUAACUCGUGUCUCUGCAGAUAUUUCAGGAUGUUGUUCAUCCCUGCAAACCAACAGAAUGAGUGUAAACAGAACUGUCAUCUUCAGAAUAUAGCAGGACAACAAAAGGGUCUCCUAUGGUCAACUUACCCCGUGUAUGGGGGGUGUAAAUUGACCAUAGGAGCGGGGUAAGUUGAGCCGUAUCCCUACUACCCCCCCUACUUUCUCUCCAGCCCUCCC